AAAUAAGGAAAUGACGUGCAGCAGGUUCACAUCGCCAUGGUGCUGAGUCUCAAAUGAAAAAGUGAGACACCGACACCGGACCGGGUUUGUGAGAGGAAGAGGAGGUUGAGUGACCUGGCGCGGACACAAGACGAGGGAUGGGUGACAUAGCAGAAGGUGAGACAAGCUUCUACUCCAAUGCGGUGGACUACUGGAGGGAAGUCCCCCCCACAGUGGAUGGCAUGUUGGGAGGCUACGGCAGCAUCUCCAACAUCGAUAUCAAUGGAUCCAAGGCGUUCCUUCAGAAGUUCCUUGGUGAAGGGGAAGGGAAGACGGGCACGGAAUGUGCGCUGGACUGUGGCGCAGGCAUCGGUAGGAUCACCAAACGUCUACUGCUUCCUCUGUUCAAGACUGUGGACCUAGUGGAUGUGACACAGGAGUUUCUAGACAAAGCCAAGACGUACCUGGGAGAGGAGGGCAAGAGAGUGGGGAAGUACCUCUGCAGCGGCCUGCAGGACCUUGUACCGGAGAGUGGACGCUACAAUGUCAUCUGGAUCCAGUGGGUUAUUGGCCAUCUAACAGAUGACCACCUGGUGGACUUCCUGCAGCGUUGCCAGAAAGCUCUGCGGCCCAACGGCCUCAUCAUCAUCAAGGACAAUGUGUCGUAUGAGGGCGUGAUACCUGAUGAGGUGGACAGCAGCAUCUGCCGUGACCUGGAAAUAGUUCAUAGUCUGGUGGGCAGAGCAGGCCUCAGCAUCCUCCACGAAGAGCAACAAACUAACUUCCCAAAGGAGAUCUACCAAGUCCACACACUGGCUCUCAGAUAGGACCGUUGCCUCCUCCAUGGGAGUAUACGCACUAUUUCUAAUGUAUUUUCUACUCUGCAAUCCAUUUAUUAUCUGUGAAAUAAUCAGAAGUGUGUGUUGCUAGAUAAUACAUCAGUCUUCUGCUCUGUGCCAAUUACUGAGUCAAUUUUUGUCGGCUACCAGGUCUAAAGGUUUGGCCACAUAACACUUCUGUCUGACAAGUUCAAGAUGGCCAAAUUAAAGCAUGCAUUUCCUGUGUCAGUGUGAACUUCAGCUUUGGCUGUGGAUAUAUGGAAACUACUACAUCACUCUUAUACACUGUUUAUAAAUUGUCAUUGAACAGAAAGCUAAUGUUAACUAGAUUCAGCUGCAUCAUAUCCUGGUUCUAAUGUCACUGUAAGCGUUUCAAAAGCAGAGUGUCGUCAAGCUAAACUUACGAAAACACAUUUCCAAUGUUAUGGAAUGUUACGUUAAUUUUACAGCCUAUUAAAGCUGUUUGCAGAUUCAUGUGUUAACACAGACUUUGUGGCUGUAUUUCAAUGUUUUUAAUUAGGGAUGUCUGAAUUAAAUGAAUAAUGAAAAGCUGCUA